UUCUGAGCUUUAUCUAGUUGUGUUUAAAUAGCCUCGGAGGUUUUCAACUUCUCUAUAAUAAAAAGUCAAGAAUCCUUCCACUUGUAUGGCAUCAACCGAAUCCGAAGUCGCCUUAAAGUUUCGAUUCUUUCAAGUUUACAAGGACGGCCGCAUCCAGUUAUUCUGGCCGCACUGGGAUAAGAUUCCACCAUACGAUGACCCCAUCACCGGCGUCCGAUCAAAAGACGUAACCAUCUCAUCAGAACCUCCUGUAUCCGCCCGUAUUUUCCUACCCAAACUCACAAACCCUAAUAACCACCACAAGUUCCCUCUCUUAUUCUACGUUCACGGCGGUGGCUUCUCCAUGAUGUCAGCCUUUUCUCCACACUACCAUAACUUCUGCAGCAGCGUUUCAGCUCAAGCUGGCGUCAUAGUGGUCUCCAUCGAGUACGGACUCUUCCCGGAGCGACGGUUGCCCGCUUGUUAUGAAGACUCAUGGGCUGCGCUUCAGUGGGUGGCGUCUCACGUUGGUGGAAAUGGACCUGAACCUUGGCUGAACGAUCAUGUUAAUUUCAAGAAAGUUUUCUUUGGCGGAGAUAGCGCUGGCGGGAAUAUCUCGCAUACUUUGGUGUAUAGGGUGGGGGCAAUUGGGUUACCAGGCGUGAAAGUUGAUGGGGUAAUACUAGUUCAUCCAUUUUUCGGCGGGACGGAAGAUGAUGAGAUGUGGUUGUUCAUGAAUCCGAUUCACGGUGGGUUGAAGGAUCCUAAACUGAAACCGCCUGCGGAGGAUCUGGCUAAGCUUGGGAGUGAAAGAGUGUUGAUAUUUGUUGCUGAGAAAGAUGACCUGAAUGUUGCGGGGAAAAAUUACUAUGAAGAAUUGAAGAAAAGUGGAUGGAGAGGCAGAGUUGAGCUUAUUGAAAACCAUGGCGAAGAUCACUGCUUCCAUUUGCGUCACCCCACAUAUGAAACGGCUCUCCAGUUGACCAAUAAAUUUGUUUCUUUUAUCAAAAAUGAUUCAUAGAUUAAUUAUCACUUAUUAUUCUUAUUUUAAUUACAAUUUUAUUUUUUAUUAAAAUUAUAUAUAUAUAUAAGUUAUACUUGGUUAUUAUUUAAUGAGCAAACAACGUAU